AUGGACGAAGCUACGUUGGGGCCCAAGGGGGCCCCGAUCACUGCAGAAAUUUGUAAGGUAACAGGUCUCACUGAGGUCACACUCAGAAAAGUCUAUAAAGAGCUGCUUGAAAACUGGGAUGAUCUUCUACCGUCUAAUUAUACUCCAGUUGUCCCUCCUGAAAAGGCAUUCCCAACUACUACUAUAGCAUCCGGCCGUUCUGUAACCCCUAGAGCCGAACCACCAGAAAUUCCUACUUUAGACCGGGAGAGCAAGCAGCCCAAAACGAAUCAGAUUUCCGAGACAACUCACGUGGACAGGGUCAAGGGAGAGAAUGACAGCAAUACCCCCAGUACAAAAAAGGUCUACACUCCGAGGAUUGCGCCUUAUGCGAGGAAUUUGAUGUGGUUCGUGAGCAAUGGGCUAAGUUUUUUACCAACAAGUAUUUAUUAUUGGCUUUAGCGCGCUUGAUCGAGUUGGUUUAGUUGUUAUAGAAUAAAUUUUAUAUUAAAAUGUAUGUUUAUGUUGAAAUUGGAACAUAUAUUUAAAUGUAAUAUGUGCACUUUGGUUUUGGGAUAUAUAGUAUACAAAACUCCAGUUGUUGUUUUUA